AUGAUCGAAAUAAACGACACAUGCGCCGAAGAUCCUCCACAAGCUGAUGCCUUUCGAAUGAUCCUCAUAGUAAUAAUUGGUACAGUAGUAUGCUCACUCGGAAUUGUGCUCAACACCUUUCUGCUCCUUUCACUUCGCCGGCUAGACGUCUUCCGAUCAAAUAUCCUUUACCUUUUUCUUCUGGCAUGCCUUGACAUUCUCGUAGAACUUUGCUUUAUGUUAAUAUUCCCGGCAUCCCUAGUCUGGGACUAUUUCCGAGUGGAGCUUCUCUACACAUGUUGGCACUUCUACAUCAAAUACGUGUCAACUGUUGGGCAAGUUCUAAUCGCUGCAUCGACACUUCUCAUCGUGGCUGCAUCUUUUGAACGCUACAUUUGCUCCUUGAAAUCUUCGAUUCAAUUUUCCCCGCAGAGACGAUUUCUGUUCAUUUCCAUUGUUGGAGCAUGCGCCCUUUUUAUGAAAGGAUCAGUAUUUUUUGAGUUGGAAUUGCAGUCACUUCCACAUUGUCCACCAUUUCAGAAUUUGCGGUUGGAUCUGUCAGAGAUUACUAGAAGCGAAAGCUACAAAACGAUAUGGAUGUUCUGGUGUCGAUCAAUAUUCAACGUUUUUCUUCCAUUUUCACUUCUUCUGAUUCUCAACUCCCUGACAAUAACCAACCUGAACAAGCUCCAUUCAAACGGAUUUCAGUCGGUUUUGGUUGAGAAUCGGUGUCAAAGUAUUGCAACAACUUCUGAGCUUCUUCCUGACAACCUGUCCUUCCAACCACUUCUCGGGACCUCACUCACCUCGUCAACUAUCAACAGUUUUUCUUCGUUUAAUGAUCAAAUGCCUAGCCUGCUCCGUCGCAAUUCAGAGGCAUGUGCAGCCCGUCGUCGGAAGCGCGACGCGACACGCACGUUGGCAGCACUCAUCACAAUCUACCUGUUGACAAACACAUUAAACCUACUGAUAACAAUUAUGGAGUUUAUCAAUCCAGAUGUGUUGGGCAGUUUAGGUGAAGGAUGGACGUACAAAUACCUGGCCGACUUGUCUUCUGUGCUCACUAUCUCAUCAACUGCCUUCCGACUACCUGUCUAUUUCCAUUGUAAUGGAGACAUUCGCGCACAGAUACGACACUUUGCAAAGGCUUGUUUUAUUGAGCAGAAUGAGAAAAAGAAAUUGAAAAAACUCACAAUGCACCAUCCAAUUGUGUCCUCCUCCACGGAAUCUGUCCUAUGAACAAAUUGACCAAUAGAUACUCUCAAUCAAAAGAAAAACGUGUAUUUACUGUUUAUUUUGUGUAUAUUUGAACUUUUGUGUAACACAUACAUAUGUAUAAAUAUUUUGGUGUU